AUGAUCGCGUUCAUCAUCAACAGCUGCGAGGCCCUCGACAUCAACCUGAAUCUUCAAUAUAAUGAAUCUGUACAGCAUGGAGACGACCGGGAUAAAAUCCCACAUCAAAAGAAGCAAGAUGCGACCGCGACACCGGGGAUGACUAUUAUUUCGGUAUCUGGCAUGACAUGCGGAGCAUGCACAGUCGUUAUUGAGAAUGCUCUUCGCGAGAUCGAGGGCGUUGAGAAGGUGACGGUGUCUUUAUCACUUCAAGAAGCUCGCGUGUUUCAAAACAACGAGAUAAAACACGCGAAAUUAAUCGAUGCCGUGGAACAAGCUGGAUACGACGCAAGCGUUGGCGAGAGAUCCUCCGAGAAGAAGAUUGCAACUCUCAGGCACACCGAAGAGCUUCAAGUACUUCGUUCGUCACUCCGGGGUCUGGUCUUUGUAUCAACAGUUGUCUUCUGUCUCGGGUACGGAGUGGACUUGACUUUCAAGUCAUUCUCAUUCCAUCACCCGGCUUUGCCAUUCAUGCGAUCCGUGUUUCUCUUUGGAGUGACUACUUUUGGUGUGUGGAGCCACGGCGAUUGGAUCUUUCAAAAGGCAUGUAAUGGUGCUGCCAAAGGACAACUCAAUAUGCACACUCUCAUCAGCGCGUCUACAAUCGUCGGGCUUUCAAUGGCCAUAUGGGACCUCUCGCGGGGUAUCCAAGCCCGAUAUCUCGAUUCAAUUAUUGGGGUACUCCUGAUAAUCACUGUCGGGAGAUAUAUGGAUCUUCUCUCCCGCCGUCGAGCAACAGAUACAUUCAUUGGCCUAUAUUACCUCAUGGAUGAGACGUCCUCAGCAAGACUAGCCUGGUUUGAUAAACCAGUUCCAACAUCUGCCCUUCGACCUGGAGACGAAAUCAUUAUCGAGCCUUUCUCCGUGGUUCCAUGCGAUGGAUACGUAGUAGAGGGAAUCUCAAACGUCAACGAAGCCAUUCUCACCGGUGAAUGUCUACCGAAGUUUAAGACCGUCGGUGACCUUCUGAUUGCUGGUUCGCGAAAUGGAUCCGGAGAGCUGAAGCUCUGUGUUCAGCAAAAUGGCAAGGAGUCAUUCCUUUCACAACUCAUAGGCAGCAUUGAGUCUUCGUUGGCAUCGAAGGCAUCCACCCAGCAGCGGGUUGAGUUCGCCACACAAAACUUUGUCGCCGUUGUUUUCACCAUCGCAAUUACUGCUGCAGCCUAUGAGAUUUACGUGAGUCGUGACAAUCUGAGCGCAGGGCUAAACGCAGCAGGGGAGAGAUUGAUGGCAGUUCUAGCCGCUGCUUGCCCCUGUGCGUUAGGCCUUUCUACCCCAUGUGCAGUUAUGGCUGGUAUUGAUGUGGCCUGGAAAAAAGGUAUCCUCAUGCUUGCUGGCGCCGAAACAAUGGAGACUGUGCAAAGUAUCACUCAUGUCCUUCUUGACAAGACUGGGACCUUGACCCAGGGUACUCCACAGGUGACUGAAAUGGCAAUUAACAGCCACUGGAAGAAUGUGGAAGCAGAUCUAGCGGUGCUAAUCUGCGCGACAGAGGAGCAGAGCCUGGCAGUGCAUCCGCUUGCUUCGGCCAUUUUCAAGAAACUCUUGCCGCUCUGUAGGGAAAAAUGGGGGCACUAUCAAGCAUCCGGUGAUGUGAAACAUUGGAAGGAAACCGGUGGCCUGGGGCUGAGGUGUGAGGUCAACAGUGGUCUAGGAAUAUGGAAGGAUAUUUGUGUUGGAAGCCUUCAGUUCAUGAAGGAUAAUUCCAUCACUGGAUUGGGUUCGGCCUCUCAAUGCAUUGAUGAGCAGGGCUCACUCGUGUUUGUUUCGGUAGAUGGAGAUCUUGCUGCAUCAAUUAUCCUACAGGAUACAGUUCGACACGACGCAAAGGAAACAGUACUUGCGCUUCAAGAGCGUGGUCUUCACGUCAGCCUCCUUACUGGUGAUCAUGAUGCAGAAGCAUCUCGAGUUUCCGCAGAGCUAGGAAUCCCCGUCGCGGCAUCUUGUGCCACACCGGACAUGAAGUUGGACUACUUGAAGAAAUUACAAGAUGAAGGGCAUAAAUUUAUGAUGGUCGGCGAUGGAAUCAAUGACGGACCAAGCCUGGCUGCUGCUGAAGUCGGCGUGAUGAUGGCACACGGCAGGCGAUGUUUUACGACUGGAGGAAGUGUGCUCAUCUUUCAGUCGCAACUGAGCUCUCUUUUAACCUUUCUGGAUAUCUCUCAGAGCACCAUGGCGCAGGUAUCGCGGAAUAUACGGUGGGCGUUGAUCUACAACAUGGUCACUAUUGCACUUGCAGUCGGCUUGGGAAGCCCAUUCAACCUCAAUAUCACUCCGCCCGUUGCUGCUGCUAUGAUGUCGGCAUCUUCGAUCUUUAUUACGGCCCAGAGUCUGCUGUUGCGAGCACGACUCUCUCAAGAUAAGCGCCAUGACCCCGGAGCUAAUGAGCUCGGCACAUUGCGCAAAGUCGCCCGGCUCAUCCGGGUCAUCCGCUCCCGUGCCCACCAUGUCUUCCCAAGGUUCACGAUAUCAGCCCACCCCAGCUUCGAGAUGAUACACUUUCCGGGCUCUGGGGAUUCCACAACCACGGGGACGGGCCGCAUUUUUACAAAUGGUGGUCCGGCCCCGUCUUCUACCCCGCUGGGAGGCGCUUUCAUUCACAUUCUUGCCAUAUCCUCUUGA